AUGUCAAGUUUUCGAAACUACAGCCUGCUCCUGAUACUUUCCUUGGGGCUUGCAGCCCUCGUUCCAACCGCUGAGGGAGCUGCAAGUGGCAGGAUAACUUGUGCGACGCUGGUGAAGCCGACCAUUCCCGGAGCAAGCGUGCUGUCGAUCCAGUCACAACAUCUUCCAAACUCUACGGUCCUUGCCAGCCCUCCUCUCCUGAACAGCAACUUCACCGGACUUGACCUUUGCAGUGUUGAUCUGGUGAUUUCACACCAUGGCGCCAACGAUACCGUCAAGAUACAAGUGUGGAUGCCGUCCAUUGGUUGGAAUGGACGCUUUGUCGGAACCGGAGGCUCUGGAUAUGCUGCGGGAUUCUUCGAAUACAGCUUGGCCCCGGUGGUCGCACUCGGCUAUGCGGCAGCAUCCACCGAUGCAGGCCUUUCAGGGGAUCCCUACAGCCCAGCGCUGUGGGCUCUGCAUCCAAACGGCACCGUGAAUGAGGGCCUCCUGCUCAACUUUGCCUCGCGAUCCGUGCAUGACAUGGCUGUGGCGGGCAAGGCGAUCGCAGCACAAUAUUAUGGCAGAAAGCCGGACCAUUCAUACUGGAAUGGAUGUUCCACAGGAGGGAGACAAGGUUUGAUGGCGGCGCAAAAGUAUCCUAGGGAUUUUGACGGCAUUGUUGCCGGAGCGCCAGCAAUAGACUGGUCCAGGUAUGUGGUUGCAGAACACUGGCCACAGGUUGUCAUGAAAGAGGAAGGGACAUAUAUCAGUCAAUGCGUUCUCAAAUAUUUCACCGAUGCGAGCAUCGCAGCAUGCGAUUCUCUUGACGGAGUGGCCGAUGGCGUCAUCACAGAUGUGCAUCUCUGCAAGUUUGACCCGUUCACCUUGGUUGGAACAAGUGUGCAGUGCGACGGCAGCAAAGAGAAUGUCACAAAGGAGAUGGCCAGCGUUGUCGGCAAGAUCCUAGCAGGGCCCAAGGGAUUCUCCAUCUCCCACACAUAUGCCCUGAAUCCUGGAGCUGCACUGGACAGUCUGGCCAACACGACAGUCGUCAAUGGAACUCGAGUCGGACUACCCUUUUUCGUGAAUGAUGCCUGGAUCAAAUAUUUUGUCAAGAAGGACCCGGAUUUCGACACGAGCUCGAUCGGAUACUUGGCUUUCGAAAAGAUCUUCAAUCAGUCCCAACAAGAGUUCGGGCAAGUCAUAGGCUCUUGUCAAUCGGAUCUCUCUGGAUUCCAUUCCGCUGGCGGGAAGCUGAUCGUAUGGCACGGCCUUGCGGACCAACUGAUAUUUCCGGGUGACACUGUUGCCUAUCACCAGAACGUCACACAGGCAUUGGGAAACUCGUCCACAGUCGCCGAGUUCUAUCGCACUUUCCUCGCCCCUGGUGUAGAUCACUGUGGUGGGGGUGCGACACCUGGAGCAGUGCCGGUAGAUCCACUGUCGGCAGUUGUGGCAUGGGUUGAGGAUCAGAAGGCGCCAGAUGUGUUGGAAGCUCGCAAGACGGAAGCAGAUGGGACGGUCGUGACGAGGAACCUGUGUCCCUUCCCUUCUGUGUCGCGGUAUAGGGGAAUGGGGGACAAGAGCCUGGCGAAUGCUGGCACAGGAGCCAUGAUCCACCAGAAUAAUAUGCAUCAGCCUGGGGACGAUGUCCACUCCGCCCUUCAUACCGACAGCGCCCAACAACGUCGCCAAAAGGCUGAAGAGUCCGAAUGGGCCAGUGCCAAAAGCGGGAUCUCCGGAGCAGACCAGGCGUCGGAGAGCAUUGAUCCCCCUAGCAAACGACGACGAGUCGCGCUGGCGUGCACCGUUUGUCGUGGGCGGAAAUCACGUUGCGAUGGCACGCGCCCCAAGUGCUCACUGUGUAUCGAGUUGGGAUUCGAGUGCGUCUAUCAACAGUCUGCGUCAUAUUCGAACAUCAUUAUCGGCAAGGAAUACCUGUCGUCGAUCGAGGAUAGACUGAAGUUGGUGGAAGGCCGUCUUGCCUCUCUAGAGAACCGUGAUCGCUCAGGUGUGUACCAACUUGCCAAUCCGACCGUCUCGAAUGGCGUCUCUUCUACGGAUUCUGCGCAGCCGGAGACGGCGUGCCUACGAGAAGAGAGCCUCGAAGAUGCGGAAACCAUCGAAGAUCCCAUUGAUGCAAUGGGAGCCGUCACAUUUGCGCAGGAAGAAGAUUGCGCAUUCUUUGGUCCUUCGUCGAACAUUGCUUUCCUCCGGCACGUCUCUAGGGCUGUGGCCCGAUUAACUCACGACCCUGAGCCCUGGAAACCGUCUCCCGCAGAACAUCACUCGGUAGGAUUUACAGGCGGAUUCAUCAACACCUCUGGCCCUGCCUCGCCUAUUCCAACCACGCACGAUCCUCCCUUCGAGAAGGUGAACAUCUACGCUCUUCCUCCUGACUCGGUGGCUCGUGAGCUCCUCAACUGGUACUUCAGUAACACUGGCUUAUUGUUUCCUUACAUUCACGAGCAAUCGUUCAUGGCAACAUUUGAACAGGCCAGAAAGGACAAGUUCAAAGGCGUUAGGAGGAUUUGGCUUGCCCUGCUGAAUAUCGUCUUUGCACAUGCCAUGGUGCAUGCGCGAGAGAACACGACCACUCCAGGAAGCGUGGAGUCAACCUCGGCGAAAGCAAGCGCAGAGUCUGAGAUAUACUUCCGACGAGCUUCAGGACUAUUCAACGAGAAGAACGAGAAUGGGACCGGGACUAGUGUGGAAGUUGUGCAAUUUCUCCUCCUCAUGGGUCAGUACCUUCAGGGAACGCAGAAAUCGGUACAGACAUGGAAGACACAUGGUCUUGCUGUACGAGCUGCAUUUCAAAUCGGGCUUCACUCGAGUGAUUUAGCUAGAGUUUUUCCUCCACCCGAGCAGGAGGUCCGGAAAAGGACGUGGUUUGGUUGUAUCAUGCUCGACCGAACUUUGAGCAUGACCUUUGGACGCCCACCAGCGAUCCCUGACAGUUAUGUCCAGCUCGAGCCGCCAGUGGAAUUCUCUGUUCUGGACGGUGCAGGUGCAGGGACAGACCAGAAGGAGUCAUUGAGCAUAGCCUUCUUCAACGGCACCAUUGCGCUCUAUAAGGUGCUGUGCACGAUCAUAGAUUCGCUCUACGGCCAGAACCUCGCCUGCUCGUUCAAAGCAAACGCCGUCGAUACAGUCGCUCUAGUCUACAAGAUCGAAAAUCAGCUGUCCGAGUGGCAACGGGGACUGCCAUCCCAUAUGAGGCUCAUCGCCACUCAAGACAUCCUGCCAGAACGCCUGCCGCAGGUCGAGAGCUCGGCAGAGGAAGCAUGGCGGCAGCUGCGCCUUCGGUUCAUCCUCACCCUACGCUACACGAAUGUCCGCAUACUCCUGCAUCGGCCUGUGCUGGUCAAAUUCCUCGAUGGGCUGAGCAACCCGACGAACCACCAGGAUACCUCAUUGUUACAGCAGGUCGGCAGCAUCCACAUCCAAAUCGCCAUCAAGUCGGCAAAGGAGAUUAUUUGUCUGGUGCAUAAUGCUCUGCAGUCUGCGACAGGGCGUUCGAAGUGGGGUUUGUUGGGUGCAUGGUGGUUUUCGCUGUACUACACCUUUAAUGCAGCCUUGGUUCUGGGUGCGUGUGUCCUGGUCCAAAUCGACCAGAAGGCCUCGGGCAACGAAUCAAACAUGUCAUUGACCGAGUCGACCGAGGAUAUGAGCCUGCAUUUGGGCAUGGCCAUCGAAGCGAUCCGCCAUCUCGACAGCGACAAUCGCAUGGUGGCGCGGUGCCGAGAUUAUCUCGAACAAUUUGUCCAGGUCGUUCAGGCGCUAGCAAUUGGACAGGGUCUCCUUCCACAACCCCACGACUGGCACCCCAUUACAUACCACGCGGCCAAUGCGUCCGUGUUCGGCCAAGUGCCGCCAGCACCGCAUCACGAAGGAAGCGACUACGGAGUCCUGCUCGGUGGCGCGGCCGCGGCGGUAGGCGUUGGCAUGGGCAUGUUCAACGGCGGCAACAGCGCCGGUAUGGUCGCGAGCAGCAAGCAGAGCCCGCUCGGCAUGGAGCUGGGCGAGUUCAUGCUCGAUGGCGAUCUCGAGUUCUUGACUAGUCAUUCCUUCGCGUAUAAUCGGGGCGUGGCUCCGUGA